AUGGGUAAAACUAACAAUGAAAGUGGUAACAUGUUUGAGUUUGGCAGAGUAACUUCUGAGAAUGAAACUGGUGAACCUGUUGGCGUUAUUAAGCUAAGCUUACCUCCAACCGAUGGUUCUAUUAUUCUCAUGAGAGAUUUAGUUGAACAAAAUAGCAUUGAACAGACAGGAGGAAAAACGAAGAUUAUCCAUUGGAGUCAUGAGCAGCAUCCGUUAAUCCUUUUCGAUGUUCAAAAUUGCCAUGAGAUGAAGGAUGACACAAUAUUAUGCGAUUGUUGCGCUCAAACAAUAUCGCUUCCAUUUUACUGUUGUGAAGAGUGCAAUCAUUUUCUCCACUUAUAUUGUGCCAACUUACCAAGAGAGUUGAAAUACACAAUGAUUCACCCCAAACACCGAUUACAACUCAUUUAUGACAGUAACUUCUAUGAUCUUCACUGGUGCACGGCCUGUCAUUCAUACACCAACGGAUUCUUCUACAAGUGUUGUGAAGAUGAAGGAUGUUAUGUCCUCCUUGAUGUCAGAUGCGCUUUCAUGCCCAGUAGAAUUGCACAUGAAGCUCACGAGCAUCCCUUGUUUCAAAUUGAAUCGCAUGAUAAGUGCAGUGCAUGUGCAUACGCAUCCCCUGAUGCUAGUGUCAAAUUCAAAUGUCAUACUUGCAAGUUCGUUCUAGCCCAACCAUGUGCUCUGCUUCCGCAUACCAUCAAGCAUAGAUGGGACCCGCAUCCCCUCACCCUUACCUAUCCCCCUUUCAAUGAUCUUGCGGACGAAUUCCAUUGUGAAUUUUGUGAGGAAGAAAUAAACCAAAAGCUUUGGAUGUAUUAUUGUCGUAUUUGUGAUCAAUCUUUUCAUCCUGGCUGCAUUUGUAAUAGAUAUUUAAAUGUCAAGUUUGGGAGUACUGUUCAAGUCAACGAGCAUCCACACCCUCUCAUGUUUGUUCGAAAGCCGAAGAGGGGCAAGUGCUUUAGCUGUG